CGAUUGUGUACACCCACGCGUGAUGAUACGUGAAGAGCGCAUCGAAAAAUUUGUGGCUUCCCGUUGUGUUAUUCUCGACAUAAUUUUUGCUUUUGCGCUUAGACUUUUCUUUAGCAAUUUGACACAAGACCGAUCUGUCCUAUGUGUGAAUCAUGACAAUCUCUCGAAGAUGUCUCUUUGCUUGUUCCGUUAUCAGCCUUGCGUGGUUAGCUACGUGUGACGUGAUUUUGAAAGAGCCGACUGUUCUGAUCACAAUUCUGGUUAGGAACAAAGCACACACAUUGCCCUACUUCUUAACCCUUUUGGAACGACAGGAUUAUCCUAAAAAAAGGAUAUGCCUCUGGAUACGCAGCGACAACAACGUCGAUAACUCCAUAGAGGUAUUAAGCAAGUGGAUCAAUUCAGAAGGUGAAAAAUAUCAUUCUCUGAAUGUUUACUUGAACGCAACAUCGACGGGAUUCGAAGACGAGAGGACCAUCGCCGAUUGGUCACUCCGCAGAUUCGCGCACAUAAUAGAUUUGCGCGAGCGAGCGCUUAAUUAUGCGAGACAAAUAUGGGCGGAUUUUAUUUGGAUGCUGGAUGCCGACGUUUUUUUGACCAAUUCAAAUACUUUGCGAAACUUGGUUCUGAAGGGAGAAACUGUCGUGGCACCUUUGUUGAAAUCAGAUGGCAUGUAUAGCAAUUUUUGGGCCGGUAUAACAGCUGAACAUUACUACGUACGCACAGAUCAGUAUGAACCAAUUUUGUAUCGUGAAGAGACCGGAUGCCAUGACGUACCCAUGAUCCAUACUGCAGUUCUCAUAGAUCUGAGGAGACAUGACUCUGAACAUUUGACCUAUAAGGCCGAGAAAUUAAUUAGCUACGAUGGACCUGUAGACGAUAUUAUAACAUUCGCUAUUGGAGCGAAUAAAUCGAAUGUGCCAUUAUUCGUAUGUAACGACGAAAUUUACGGUUUUGUCAUGGUACCUUUGGAAAGUGACGAAACUAUCGCGGAGGAUAUGCAACGGUUGACCAAUACGAAGGUAGAAAUAUUGGCCUAUAGCGACCAUUUGCCACUAUCAGAAGAUCUGAAACAAUUCGUAACAUAUCCGGAAAAGGAUACCUUAAGUUUGGAUCACAUUUACAUGAUAAACUUGUUGAGAAGACCAGAGAGACGUAAAAGGAUGCAAAGACUGUUCAAGGAACUCGGUAUUCAGGCGGAGACUAUUGACGCCGUGGAUGGUAGAACUUUGAACGAGAGCAUCUUGGAAGAAUGGGGUGUGAAACCGAUGCCGGACUACGCAGAUCCGUAUCACAAGAGACCGAUGACGAUGGGCGAGAUUGGUUGCUUCCUCAGUCACUACAUCAUAUGGCAGAAGGUACUAGAAUAUGGCUACAAAAAUGUCAUGGUGCUGGAGGACGACGUCCGCUUCGAGCCGUUCUUCCGACAGAAAGUUCAUUACGUUUUAACUGAGUUGUCCGACAUCGAUACUGAGUGGGACUUGGUGUAUUUGGGUAGAAAACGACUGAUGGAAUCAGCGGAGAGUCGAAUACAAGGCUCUAAGUUCCUCGUACGGGCGGCAUACAGUUAUUGGACACUCGGCUACAUUUUGUCGGACAGCGGGGCGAAAAAACUGGUUGACGCUAUGCCUCUCGGGAAAUUAGUCCCUGUCGACGAGUAUCUCCCUAUACUUUCCAAUGCGCACCCCAAGGAGCAGUGGGCAGCACAAUUCCCUAUUCGAGACUUGAUUAUAUUAUCGACGAACCCACUUCUGGUUCAUCCGACGCAUUACACCGGCGAAGACGGAUAUAUCAGCGACACGGAGGACUCUAAACUCAUACAGGAUAACGUAGAGUCGCAAAUUGUCAAGUCGCAAACUCGGGAGGAACUAUAAUCGACCGGAGGCUACGAGAUAAAAGGUAUUAGGAAUUAUCUAGUCGACGAAGUCGAUCUGCAAUCAAUUUGUGAAUUUAACAGCAGAUCUAAUAGUAUAUCAAGAUAAAGCAUGCUCACUGAUGUACACUGCCAACAGUUCGAAGUCAAUAACGAUCAAACGUAAAUAUCUCUAACAGUACAAAUAUCCAAAAGACGUGCAGAGUAUGUGCUGAGGACGUAGAAACAUCCUCAGGACAUUCUUGGGACGUCCCCAGGACACCUUGUGCUGUUUGGGAUAAGUCAUACCUUUUCGCAGCAAAGAUAGUGGCCAUAUUUUCGAGCAAAUUUAGAUUUUAUCUCGACAUUUAGCUUUCCGUAAGAUGUUUUUAUCUAAUAUUAAUACGCGAGAUUGAUUCGCUCGAAAACCCUCGUAUGCGAUACACACAUACACAAACGCGUUUUUAUAUUUUUAUAUAUCGUAUUAACAUUAUGAAUAUAUAUAAUUGCCUAAUGUUAUGUAAAUGUGCCAAUGUUAUCAAUAUAUCUAUUCUAAUAUUA